AUUUUAAUACAAGAGAACAGAGGAAGCUGGCACACGGCAAGCUAACGUACGGUAACACGGAGUGUGUACACACAGUGGACAGGUUUCGUUUGUUUUAUAUCGUCUUAUUAACCGUGAAUUGGUGUGGGAGACCUGCAUACAUCGUACGCUUUUCCUUCGGUCCAUGGUGUGACAUUUCUCAAGCGUUGGAGGAGAGAAGGUGAAAGAUGACGCAGUUUCUCCCCCCGAACCUGCUGGCCCUCUUUGCCCCGCGGGACCCCAUACCUUUCCUGCCUCAGCUGGAGAAGCUGCCCCAUGAGAAACAUCAUAACCAGCCGUACAGUGGCAUCGCUCCGUUCAUCAGGCACUUCGAGGAUCCUAGAGACGCCCCUCCACCAACAAGGGCAGAGACCCGUGAGGAGCGGCUGGAGAGAAAGAGACGCGAGAAGAUUGAGAGGAGACAAACAGUGGUGGAAACAGAACUCAAGCUCUGGGACCCCCAUAAUGACCCUAAUGCGCAAGGGGAUGCCUUCAAAACUUUGUUUGUUGCACGAGUGAACUAUGAUACCACAGAGUCCAAGCUUCGGCGCGAGUUUGAGGUUUAUGGCCCCAUCAAACGGAUUUACAUAGUCUACAACAAGAGGACGGGGAAGCCUCGUGGCUAUGCGUUCAUUGAGUAUGAGCAUGAACGAGACAUGCACUCCGCCUACAAACACGCAGAUGGGAAGAAGAUUGACGGCAGGAGGGUGCUGGUGGACGUGGAACGAGGGCGCACUGUCAAAGGAUGGCAUCCUCGCAGGCUAGGUGGUGGAUUGGGUGGCACUAGGAGAGGUGGAGCCGAUGUCAACAUCAAGCACUCUGGCCGAGAUGAUGCAUCACGUUACGAUGAUCGCCCCCUCGGGGGUGAUCGGGACCGCGGGGACCGAAGAGAACGCAGCCGGGAGCGCGACCGGGACAAGGACAGAGAACGGCGGAGGUCCCGAUCCCGCGAACGCCGUCGACGUACCCGUUCCCGGGAGCGAGAGAGGGAGAGAGACAGACAGGGUGGAGGAGGAGGAGGAGCAGCAGCAGCAGGAGGAGGAGGAGGAGGAGGAGAGGAUGGCAGCGGUAGUAGCCGGCGUCGAGAGCGAGAGAGGGAGCGUGGGGGGGCAGCGGGAGGAGACAGCAGGAGUAGGGAGAGGAGUCGCGACCGAAAGAGAAGGAGCAGAAGCCGGGAUCGCAAAAGGGACAGGGAGAGAGGCAAGGGUCUGGAUGGGGAGGAUGUCGGCCAGGGAGAUGGGGCCCCUGAAGGUGGGGAGCGGGUGCUGGAGGAACAUGAAGGAGAAGUGGGUGAGGGCAUGGAGGAGCGCAGAGACAGGGACAGAGAAAGGGACAGAGACCGAAGGCGCAGCCACAGGGACAGAGACAGGCGCAGAGGAGACCGAGAAAGAGACAGGGAACACAAAAGGGAGCGGGGGGAGAGAGACAGAGGGGACCGCAGAGAAGAGCGCCACGGAUCCCUACGAGACGACAUGGGCCCCCAGGAUGACAUGGGCAAUGAGGACGAAGGAGGAGUGCCGUCACACAUGGAGGAGUACAGUCAGGACGGGAUGAUGAUGGACCAGCAGUCAGUGCCAUCGGCUGAUGGCUAUGGCUCCAGUGAGAAUGGCUUCAAGAUGGAGCCACCAGGAGAUGAGUACUGAAAUGGCCCCUCUCCCCAGCAGACUUCACUCACCAAUCAGUUGUUUCAUACUGUACUUUAACUUGGCCCCAUCAGGGCUCCCUCUGUGUCCAGCAUCUAGCUAGCUUUCUUUCUCUCUAUCUAUCUAUGAUCUGUUGAAAUAUUCCACUUGAUAUUGUUGCACACACACCGUUUAUGCAUCUAAUUGAUUUGAUCUCACUAAAAGUUGCAGCUUUCCUGCGUUGCCCAACUAAUCUGUGCCACUCAAUGUUACCAGAUCACAUUAGUGAUUUAAGCUAGGUAUGGCGCCCCCCCCCCCCACUUUGGUUUGGGAUGACACAAGCUCUGUUCAUUUCAAGAUGGGUGGAUUGUGUUCUUUUCCAUUUUCAUAAAGUAGUUAAAUUGUAAACUUAUUUGAGCCCAGUUACCGACUCCUGCUCAAUGUAUGUGAAGUUGAAGGAAAUGUAGUAUUGUGUGACAGUUGAGGGCUGUUCUCUUUAUUCAUUCUGGAAUUUUUUUUUUUUUUUUUUUAUGUCUGCUGUUUGUAUGUUAGAUUUGCAGGGUCAUUUUAAUAAAGUUGUGACAAAAGGUCUGA